GCCGAGUGACGUCACAACCGAAGCGGUGACGUCACGGCGUCUGACGUCACCGCGUUGAGCCUUUCCCCCCCCAAGGCCGUGGAGAUGGCGGUGUCGUUGGGACAGCUCCCGCUGCAGCAGCUGGAGGCGCUGAGGACACAGCUGGAGCAGGAGUUGGAUUUCCUCUCCACGUCGGUGCAGCAGCUAAAGGUGGCUCAGACCAAGUUCGUGGAGUCCAAGGAAUGCCUCAGCAAGCUCAAUAAAGACAACGCAGGAAAAGAAUUGCUGGUGCCUCUCACAAGCUCCAUGUACGUGCCGGGGCAUCUGAAUGAUGUGGAGCACGUGAUGGUGGACAUCGGCACGGGCUACUAUGUGGAGAAGACCGUGGAGGAGGCCAAGGAGUUCUUCCAGCGGAAGAUCGACUUCCUCACCAAGCAGAUUGAGAAGAUCCAGCCGGUGCUGCAGGAGAAGUUUGCGCUGAAGCAGGCUGUGACCGAGACAUUCAACGCGAGAAUCCAGCAGCAGCUGCAGGCCAUGCAGCAGCAGCAGCCGAGCACGUCCAAGGCGUGACCCCACCACGGACGGCUCGCCCAUCCCCCGCCCCCCUCCUGGCAUCUUCCGGAACCUUUCCCGACCUCUCGUCACUCUGAAUGACGACCUCUCACCUGACUUCUCCUCACCCGUUCUUACCCCCACCUGAUUGUGCCCUGACCUGUCUUGACUUCUUCUGACCCCUCCUGACCCCUCUGCACCCCCCCGCCCCACCCCUGCCACCCCCCUCGGCUCCCCCAAUUAUUUAAUGCUGGCAUGUUCACGCCCCGCUGUGAUGACCGCCCGCCGUCUCCCCACGCCGGGCAUCGCACGUAAACAUUUCUCUCUUGCGUGCAAGUUGUCAUUUGUAUUUCACCAACAUUCUGCCUACGGCUCAGCCACGGGUUCGGCCCCCGAUCAGCGGCGUGCGGCUCGCACCACGCGGGCCGCCCUCUGACCGUGUCAUUCGGUUCGCUUCCCGGUAACGUCGGCGCACUGCGGACGGAACCGAGUUUUCCGCGUCGGCUUCCCGGUCGCUAACCCGCCGCUGAGCGGCGUGGUGACGCGAGGUUAAAUAAUCGCCGUGGCCCGACGCUGAGUGGAGGCCCUUAUCCGGCAGUGGAGCUGUUGCGCUGCAGGUGGCUAGGAGAUGUUAACGACUUCGCCUGGUAUACAGGCGGUCGUAGGUUCGAUCCAGACCCUGACGCCUGCUGCUGUAUAUUUGGAGUUUGCAUGUUCUCCCCGUGAUCGCCUUGAUUUCCCUCCGAGUCCUCUGGUUUUCUCCCCCUCCACAUGUAGAAUGAACAUCACGCGUUGAGAGCAUUUGGCUGCUACAAAUUUCCACACGAUGACGAGCCAAUUGUUUGAGCUAUCAUCUGCGGCAAGGUCAGUUCUGAAAAAGAGCUGUCUAGCAGCUCUGUGGGCCUUACCUGGUGAAGAAAAAACAACAGAUGGAUAGUCUCGUCGGCGUGACGCCGAGCAUCCGUGCAAGACGCUCGCGGGGGCUCCCGUGCGUUACAAGAGAAGGCGCCCGCCAGCCAAAGCCGAUGGUCGCGGCAACGCUUCCGAGGUAAUAUCUCUUGUCUACACCAGGGGGCGCUGCACGAUCCCGCACGGCCACGGACGUCGCGAUUGUGGGCACUGCGCAACGUUUCCGUCGCGUCCGUGAGCCCAGAGCCGGCGUUGAGCAACUUGUGAAGUUGGUGCCACCUGAGGGUCGGGUCAACUCGAGCGGCUUCAGUUUAUGUGGCCAACAACAGCUGAUUAUGUCGUAGCCGUGUGCGGAAAGAGUCGUCAAAUAUGGGACUACCGUCGACCUCAUUAUGGUGCCGCUCAAAAAUGAAAGUUUGUUGCCUGCAAGGUCGCGCAUGCUGGUGUUACUCGUCUGCCUGUUGCGCCGAAGCCGCUGCGAGUUUAGAGGCAACACCUCGGCGUUUACCGGGUGCUCGACAAGAGUCUAACAGUGCGUUGCGAAGGAAUCAUGAGCGGUGCGAAGGAAUUGUGAGCAGCCUGGAAAUGUGAACAGAGUCGAUCGAGAUUCUCGGCCGUUGACUGUCACACCGAGAGUCGCGUGUUGAGAGGAGGGAGGAAAUCCCAGGAAACAGAGGCUUCACUUUUCUGUAUCGCACAUUGAGUGGCACUCUCAAGCCGUACGACGAAUAACAACGAGUCCCGUGCUGAAGUUGUUCUGCCGUGGGCGGUGACGAUUUGUGCUCUCGCACGCGGACUCUUCUCGGAGCUGGAAGUUCACCAAGUAAAGUGACGAAUCAAA